AUGGUGAAUUCAGAUGAAGAUGUUUUAGCUAUUUUCAGCAGUCGGUGGUCGACUACAUUUAUCCCUUCAGUCUACACAGUCGUAUUCCUCGUAUCACUGCCUUGCAAUGUAAUAGCGAUCAUCAUAUUCCUGUUCAGAACUACAAAGACACCAUCAGUGGUUUUCAUGUUGAACUUAGCCAUCUCCGAUGUCCUCUUCGUCAUCUUGCUGCCUUUCAAUAUUGCUUAUCGAUUCUUAGGAAACGAUUGGGUGAUCGGAGAAGGGAUGUGCCAAUUUAUCACCGUCGCAUUUUACUCCAACAUGUACUGCUCCAUCCUGCUCAUGACCGGUAUCAGCGUGGACCGCUUCUUGGCGGUGGUCUAUCCCAUGCAGUCCCUUUUAUGGCGCAGAGUGAGCAGAGCCUGGAUAACCUGUUUCUUUAUCUGGGUGGUUUCCAUCGCCGGCGCUGUGCCGCUUUUCACCAUCAAUCUAACUGUUCGCAUUGACCAACUGAACAUUACAACUUGUUACGACAUGCUGGAUAUUAAACACAUGGAUUUUUACUUGUAUUAUUUCAUCACUUUUAUUUCCAUUGUCUUUUUGCUGUCUUUUUUGAUUUUAACAUUUUGUUACAUCGUGACCAUCCGAACUUUAAGCUCUUCCAAAAUUGAAAGCACCGUUAAAAAAUCCAGAUCCGUGUCUCUUUGCAUCACGGUACUUUUUGAGUAUAUCUUCUGUUUUGGCCCGACCAAUAUUCUCCUCUUGAUUUAUUGUCUGACUUUUGAUAAGUCAUUUGUGUAUUUUGCCUACAUGCUAUCUGUUAGUUGUAGUAGCAUCAGCUGUUGUGUGGAUCCUGCUAUCUAUUACUUUGGGUCAUCAAAGUAUAAGAAGCUUGUGCACAGCUUGGUGUGUUGUGGUGAAUAUAAGGCUGUCUCCAUGAGAGAUAGCUCCUCAAGAGCCACAGGAAAGGGCACAUUGGCCUAG